CUUCCCACCUGGCAAAUCUUGGGAUCACCAGGAUCUUAAAUGCUUUAAAAAGCCAACUGAGGCUCUGCUGAAGCAGUACAAGGGCAUCAUGACCAAGCUCAUUCUUCUCACAGGUUUGGCAGUUCUUCUGAAUUCACAACUGGGCUCUGCCUACCAGCUGAUGUGCUAUUAUAAUAACGUGGCCCAGAACAGGCCGAAACUGGGAAGUUUCAGUCCUGCUAAUAUUGACCCUUGCCUGUGUACUCACCUCAUCUAUGCCUUUGCUGGUAUGCGGAACAACAGGAUCACCAUGAAACGCAUGAGUGACUUGACUGACUACCAAGCCUUAAAUGCUCUAAAAAGCAGGAACAUUGAGCUGAAAACUCUGCUGGCCGUUGGAGGCUGGGACUUUGGGCCUGCCCCGUUCACUGCCAUGGUCUCCACUCCUCACAACCGCCAGAUUUUCAUUAACUCAGUCAUCAACUUUUUACGCCAGUAUGGGUUUGAUGGGCUGAACCUGGACUGGCAGUUCCCUGGGUCUCAUGGGAGCCCUGCAAAGGACAAGCAUCUCCUCACUGUCCUAGUACAGAAAAUGCGUGAAGCUUUUGAACAGGAAGCAAUUGGGAAAAAUGGCCCCAGGCUGAUGCUUACUGCUACAGUAGCUGGUGUUAUCCCCACCAUCCAAUCCGGCUAUGAGAUCCCUCAGUUGUCACACUCCCUAGACUACAUCCAGGUCAUGACUUACAAUCUCCAUGGCUCCCAGGAUGGCUACACUGGGGGAAAUAGUCCUCUCUACAAAUCCAUAAAUGACAGUGGAAUCAACACCUUCCUCAAUGUGGAUUACAUCAUGACCUACUGGAAUGAAAAUGGGGCCGCAUCUGAGAAGCUCAUUGUCGGAUUCCCAACAUAUGGACAAACCUUCACUCUGAGUGACCCCUCAAACACUGGAAUCGGUGCCCCUACUGCUAGUGCUGGUGUAUUAGGGCCCUUCACAGAGAUGUCUGGCACUUGGGCCUAUUAUGAGAUUUGUACCUUCCUGAAUGAUGGAGCCACUGAGGCCUGGGAAGCUGCUCAGGAAGUACCCUAUGCCUAUCAAGGCAACAAAUGGGUUGGCUAUGAUAAUGUCAAGAGCUUUCAUAUCAAGGCUGAAUGGCUUAAGCAGAACAACCUGGGAGGUGCCAUGCUAUGGACCCUGGGCAUGGAUGACUUCACUGGCUUUUUCUGCAACCAGGGCCAGUUCCCUCUGACCUCUACUUUGAAGAAUGCCCUAAGAGUAAACAGUUCAAGUUGCAUGGCCUCUGUUUCAGAUCCUCAGCAAAUAAAUGUUCCUUAAACACUGGGAGGAGGAGCUGCAAGAAUAGCUCUGAGGCAGUGGAUUUCAUGUCACCUGUGCCAAGAGAAUAAUCAAAAUGCCUUCUGGCACUGCCAAAAUAGAUCUCAUGCCAACACAACUCCCAAAUGGACCUUCUCCUCAAAAUGACCUAUUAUGAAGAAACUAGGCAUAAACUUGUCCCUGUCAGGUCUGUUAGCCUUUCCAGGGCUCUGAACAGUCUCCUUUGCUCCUUGCUCAGUUCAUCUUGAAUCUACCUAAAGUACUAAAAUGAAACCGAGAGUCAAAACAUGAA